UUCACGAAAAAGAAGCGGUUUGUGCAUGUAGUGUUUGUUUUACUGUCGGUUGAACGUUUUUACUAAAAUUCACAAUGAAUUCAAUUGAUAGAAUUUUUACUAUGGAUGAUUUACCCAAGCUUAUCGAAGGGGUAAGCUCGGAACAUGUUGUUGGAGUGACUCAAUCAAUAGUGAAUAUGAUGUCGCAUCCAGCGUACGGAAAAAAAUACCUUUGGAGUAAAGACGAUUUCGAACUGGGAUGCGCCCUCGGACGGGGUAAGUUUGGCCGAGUUUAUCUGGCCCGGGAGAAACACACAAAGUUUAUGGUUGCAAUGAAAGUGAUGUUCAAAUCGGAACUGGUCAAGGGCAGAGUAGAGAAGCAGCUUCUGCGAGAAGUAGAAAUUCAGUCCAGAUUGAAGCAUCCUCAUAUACUUCGUUUGUACACCUGGUUUCACGACGACCGCAGAAUUUACCUAGCACUAGAGCUAGCAUCGCAGGGUGAGUUGUACAAACAUUUGAAGGCAUCUCCGAACGGAAGAUUCAACGAACGAAGAUCGGCACGAUAUACAUUCCAAGUAGCGGAUGCACUGAACUACUGCCACGCAAACAACGUUAUUCAUCGUGAUUUGAAGCCGGAAAAUAUUCUUCUGACCGAAGGCGACAACGUUAAACUGGCCGAUUUCGGUUGGUCUGCUCACACCAAUUCAAACCGACGUAAGACUAUGUGCGGAACACUCGACUACUUGCCGCCGGAAAUGGUGGAUGGCAAAAUUUACGACGAUUCGGUGGAUCAGUGGUGUCUAGGAAUUCUGUGCUAUGAAUUUUUAGUCGGCUUCCCGCCGUUUGAAUCAGAGACAACAGAAGCGACAUACGACAGAAUUCGACGACUGGAAGUGGACUAUCCACGGUUUAUGAGCGCUGGUGCGAAAGAUUUAAUUUCGAAGUUACUCCGGAAGCCGAGCAGUUCUCGUAUCACGCUGGUUGAUGUGAUGAAGCAUUUCUGGAUCAAAGAGAAUAUGGACAAAUAGGAAAUAUUAAUUUAAUCAUUUUUUACGUUCAUUUGUUUUUACUACAUUCAAAUAUAAGUUAAUUUUUUUCAAUUGAUUGAAUGACUAUGCGAAUGACGAAUAUAUGUUCUUUUCGCGGUUUUCGGUUGUUAGUAUUGGUUGUUUGAAGCUGAAUGCAGUUUCCAGUUUCGACCAACUACCGAACACAAUGAAUCAACAGCAAUUAGGAUCAAAACUAUAGUUCAGUUUUCAAUAAUAAAUAACGCUGGCUGUUGUUCUGGGAAAUUCCUUGGCUGAUUAAA